AUGUCAGGAACAGCCCCCAAUAAAGAUAUUGCGCCGUCAAUCGAUGUCAAGAACCUCAGCUAUCUCUUUCCAGACGGCUCGAAUGGAUUAAAGGACGUGUUGCUGGAUCUUCCUCCGGGAAGUAGGACCCUUCUGAUUGGAGCAGCUAAUGGCGCGGGUAAAACUACGCUGCUCCGUCUCCUCUCCGGAAAGCGCAUGGCACCCUCUGGCACCGUCCACAUUGCGGGCGUUGACCCAUUCAAGAUGGGCCUUGAAGGUGUCACCUAUCUUGGCCUCGAAUGGGUGCUCAACCCCAUCGUGCGUACAGACAUUGACGUUCCCACGCUCCUCUCAUCCAUCGGCGGCGAUUACUACACCGAGCGUCGCGACGAGCUCAUACGCAUCCUGGACAUUGAUUUGAGCUGGCGCAUGCACGCCGUCUCAGACGGUGAGAGGCGACGAGUACAACUAGCAAUGGGUCUCCUACGGCCAUGGACUAUCCUGCUGCUGGACGAGAUUACCGUCGACCUGGAUCUGCUAUCGCGCAGCAACUUCCUCAACUUCCUGAAGAAGGAAACGCAGGAACGCCCAUGCACCAUCGUGUAUGCGACACAUAUCCUGGACAACCUCGCUACGUGGCCGACGCAUCUCGUCCACAUGAGUCUGGGCAAGGUCAAGAAGUGGGGCAGCACCGAGGACAUGGGCGUUAAGGUUGAACAGAGCGAGAGGAUGUACACGGGAAACAGCCAACUGGGAGAAUUGGUACUGAAAUGGCUGCAAGAGGAUCUGAAUGAGAGAGGACCAAGGAAUGGAAAGGGCGAGGGCAUGGCGUAUCAGAGCCUGGACGGAAAGGGUGGCUAUGGUGCGGAGAAGAGGACCGAAAAGUAGGACGCGCGGACUUUUUCCCAAAGCAUAUACACACGACGCGCUUCAACAUCUCACGUCGUCGUUGGCGUUUUCAACAGGCGUUUGGGUGGCUCUCAACGAUGAUACCCCUUUCAAAAACUUCAACGUGGACAAAAGGCAGAGGAGAGGUAUACAUACGUCUCUCUUGUCUUGUCUUGCCCAAUGCACCUUUCUUUAUCACCAAUAUCACAUAUACUCUACUAAAACCCC